AUGGUUCUAGGAAGAACGGAUCUUUUCCAGAGUAAAAAAUUGCAGAAUAGAAGAUUACGUGCUCUUAAACAUGAAAUCGGGCAUAUUUCAAAUAUAAGAAUUAAAGAAAUUCCUUCUACUUCGUAUCGGCUAAAUAGAUCUGAAGUUUGUUCUAAUGUCGACCUUCCUUCUUGCUCGUCGGCCGCACACAGUAUUGGCACCACUCAAACAGUGGAUCAAAAGCCUAUAAAGUUCACGGAUGCCAGUCUUCAUAGUUUGACGACAGUAUGCGUUAGGUACGAAGUAUCAGACAGAGCUGCAGCGGCUAUCGUAUCAUCUGUUCUAUGUUCUGCUUCUGAUGCCGACUCUGAGGCACAGUCUACUAACGUUGUGGACAGGAUGAAACUAAGAAGAAUAAGACAGAAAGUACGCGAGCAAAUUUUAACAGAAGAAAGAGUUAAAGAAAUUCCUUGCAUUAUAUUUCGAUGA